UUAGCUUACGCAGUUAGAUACUACAGAAAUUCUUAGAAUAAGUUCCCAGCCCCCUUAAAAUCAGCUUUUCUUGUUCGAUUUCGAUCCAAGGCCAAAAAAAACAAACCCAAAAACCUCUGAUUGAACAUCAAACUGUUAAAAGAAGAAAAAAAAAAAAACCUUUAAAGUGAUGUACAAAAUGGGUACUUUUAAAGUAGUUUGAGAGGAAAGGAGAGUUGUUGUUAGUAGUUUAUUUAAGACAAAUUUCGCUUCUUUUCUUCUGAGUGGGGUUGAUGUGAGGGUGAUGGUAAAGAGAUGGCACACGUGGUGCCGGCAGACCCACAGGCGUUGCUGACGGUGAAGAAGAAGACGCAGCCGUCUCAAAGUUGGGUCCUUUUGGACAGCACAGGGGAGACUACCCUGCUUGACGUCGACAAGUAUGCCAUCAUGCAUCGAGUUAACAUCCACGCCCGUGAUUUACGCAUCCUUGAUCCUCUCUUGUCUUACCCUUCCACCAUCCUCGGUCGUGAUCGAGCUAUUGUCUUAAAUUUGGAGCACAUCAAGGCAAUUAUUACUGCUGAGGAGAUAUUGCUUCGAGAUCCAUCAGAUGAAUAUGUUGUUCCUGUUGUUCAAGAACUCCAGAGGCGUUUGCCUCCAGUGAAUGCCAUUCGCCAAGGUCAGGACUACAUGGGCAGCCAAAAUGAUGUUGAAACAGGUGACGAAGAUGAGUCUCCAUUUGAAUUCCGGGCACUGGAGGUAGCUUUGGAAUCCAUAUGUAGUUUUCUAGCUGCACGUACACUAGAACUAGAGAGUGCGGCUUAUCCUGCUUUGGAUGAGCUUACCUCCCAGAUAAGUAGUCGUAAUUUGGAUAGAGUUCGCAAAUUGAAGAGCGCGAUGACCAGAUUGACUGCUCGGGUACAAAAGGUCAGGGAUGAACUUGAACAACUACUGGAUGAUGACGAGGAUAUGGCUGACCUUUAUUUGUCAAGAAAGUUGGCUGGAGCUUCACCUGUUAGUGGAUCAGGUGCUGCCAACUGGUAUCCUGCCUCUCCUACCAUAGGAUCAAAGAUUUCCAGAGCAAGUAAAGCUAGUAUAGCAACAGUUCGUGGAGAUGAGAAUGAUGUUGAGGAGCUUGAAAUGAUACUGGAGGCUUACUUUAUGCAAAUUGAUGGAACAUUGAACAAACUGACAACGCUGCGGGAAUAUAUCGAUGAUACAGAGGAUUACAUCAACAUUCAGCUUGACACUUACCGAAAUCAGCUAAUCCAGUUAGAGCUCUUCCUAACUUCAGGAACUGUUUGUUUAUCCAUCUUUUCUUUGGUGGCUGGAAUAUUUGGUGUGAACAUUCCUUAUACAUGGAAUACUAACCAUGGAUACAUGUUUAAAUGGGUGAUUAUUUUCACUGGGACAUUUUGUGCAACGUUGUUCAUACUGAUUAUGUCAUAUGCUCGGCACAAGGGUUUGGUUGGAUCUUGAUGUACAACAGUACAUCCAAUGAUGUGCAUGAAUGAAAGUUGGCUUGCUGGAGAUUCUUUAUAAGAUGCAAGUGAAGUAAUAAACGGUCUGCACUUGGCUGGGUCGGUGAAGAAGAUUUUUACAGAAGAAUCAAGACAAAAAAUCAACACAAAAUGAAAUUUGUAAUCUAUCCUUUUUACUUCUAAUGGAAAAAG